CGUCAAGCAAAGCGCUAUCCGAUUAUGAUGUACACGUUGGUUCAAUGUGUCCCAUGUCAACGAGCCAAGCACUUGCUCGCAGUGAACUACGCGGAUGCUGCAGCCUACUUUUUAGAACUCGUCGGCCACGAAGACUGGCAACGACAACUCCAGGUUGAUCUGCAUCGAAUGACAGGACAAAUAACUUUUCCAUAUAUUUUUAUUUGUGGACGACAUAUCGGGGGUGAGUCGUGA